AUGGUUGGGGCGCAACACAGGUCGCCUCCGGUCACACUUACACUGGGCUAUUGUGAGAAUCCUGGUUUAUACUUUGUGUACUGUGUACUGAAAACGUUGGGAGAUCUACGAAACAGAGAUCUGGUAAACACGCUGUGGGAGAGAAUUGAGGAAAUAAGGAACGAGAAAGCGAAGGAGGAAAAGGAAGAUGUAGACGACUGUGAAGGAUGGGAAGAGAAAAGAGAGAAGGAGGAGGAGGAGAAGGAAGAGGAAGAGAAAGAAAUAGAAGAAGAAGAGGAAGAGGAAGAGGAAGAGGAAGAAGUAGAAGUGGAGGAGGAAGAGAAGGAAGAGGAAGAGGAAGAGGAAAAAGUGGAGGAGGAAGAGAAAGAGGAAAAAGUGGAGGAGGAGGAAGAGAAAAAGGAAAAAGUGGAGGAGGAGGAAGAGGAAGAAGAAGAAAAGAAGAAGCAAGAAGAAGAAGCAGAAGAAGAAGCAGAAGAAGAAGCAGAAGAAGAAGCAGAAGAAGAAGAAGAAGAAGAAGAAGAAGAAGAAGAAGAAGAAGAAGAAGAAGAAGAAGAAGAAGAAGAAGAAGAAGAAGAAGAAGAAGCAGCAAAAGCAGAAGCAGAAGCAGAAGCAGAAGCAGAAGCAGAAGCAGAAGCAGAAGCAGAAGAAGAAGCAGAAGCAGAAGCAGAAGCAGAAGCAGAAGCAGAAGCAGAAGAAGAAGAAGAAGAAGAAGAAGAAGAAGAAGAAGAAGAAGAAGAAGAAGAAGGGGACGUAAGGGGGCAGGGGCCACGUUGGUCGACAGACCGCUACGGCCGUUCCCACAUCAGUGCGCCAGGCCGAGAAUGUUACCUCCCCUACCUCCUUCUUUCCUCUCCUCUUAUGUCUGCCUUGUAUUGUCUUAUGCGGCUUAUUCUCUUCGCAUCAGUCUCCGCCUCUGCCUAG